CUUCAGGCUAGUUAGCCUGGGGGGGAUAAGGGGAAGAAGGGAGUUGAGCUGAAAAACAAUCAAAAUUUGGAGCAUUUGCGCGCGCUGUUGCCGAGUAGUAACAAAUGACAGCUCACUGCGCAAGCUGAAUAUGGAAGUGAAUUAAAAGGCGACUGUCGCCCACUUGCUAAGGAGGCCGGCAUUAUUUUGCCAAAUUCGGCCAUAAAUCGAGUUCACAGAACAUUGGUGUGCCUCACGGUUUACUUAAUAACGCGCUGGUGAAGAGACAUUUACACCUGUCAGCAUGUUUGAUACAAUCUCCAGUGCAAAAGGUUUUUUCAUUCCCUUCGACAAAAGAACAUGUCGAGCGAUAGCGACUCUGAUGUCUUAGAAGUCGAGCAGCAGCCAACGAGAAGUUCUGCUCCAACAGCCAGUACUGCUAAGCCAAACGGUCAUGACGUCGUUGACGUGGACAGCGACUCAAACGACAGGUCAGCGAGUCAGAGUGAGCAGGACCUAGUGCGUGAAUUAGCUCAGGUGGAGGACGAGCUGAAGACAGUGACCAAACAGAUUCUGCGCCUCAAACAGAAGCAGUCGAGUCUUGCAAGCAGACAGGAGCAGAUCAGCCAAGAGCUUCUGCUGAACCAGUCCAAAUCACUUGCGCAGAAGGAUUGGACGGGAACUUAUUUCGAAUGGUCUGGCCGUGUGCGGGAAGUGCUGCAGGAUGUCUUCAAGAUUUCCGAAUUCAGACACCUGCAACUGUCAGCGAUAAACGCCACUUUGUCAAAACAGGACUUGAUUCUUGUUAUGCCCACUGGGGGAGGCAAGAGCUUAUGCUAUCAACUGCCUGCCCUUGUGUCCCAAGGGAUUACUCUGGUCAUCAGUCCUCUCAUCUCGUUGAUGGAAGACCAGGUUAUGCAAUUGCGCAAACUUGGUGUCGGUGCUGAAAUGCUAACAGGUUCUACCAAAAGAGAGGAAAAUACGAGAAUCAAGAAUCUUAUUUCCAAAGAACCCGCCAGUGAAAAACCAAAGCUGCUUUUUGUGGCGCCAGAGAAACUCGCUAAGAAUAAGAGUUUUAUGUCAUUUCUGCAAAACCUGCACAGAGCUAACGGAAUCGCAAGAAUCGCCAUCGACGAAGUCCACUGCUGCUCCGACUGGGGCCACGACUUCAGACCAGACUACACUUUUCUAGGCGUGCUGAGAGACUUAUUCAGUGACGUGCCCAUUAUUGGUCUCACGGCAACUGCCAGCAACAAAGUCAUUGCUGACGUGCAAAAAAUUUUGAACUUGCAAGGGUGUUUGGUUCUCAAAGCCCCUUUUAACCGACCCAACCUCUACUACGAAGUGCGACCCAAGACAGCUGUGCAGAAGGACUGGCUUGACGAGGUUGCCAAUUUAUUGAGUGCCGAAUUCAAAGGUCAGUCUGGUAUUAUCUACGCCCUGUCCAUCAAGGACACUGAGGAAUUGGCCACCGGUCUCAGAGAGCGCAACAUCAAAGCAGGAUGGUACCACGCGAGCAUGAGUCCAGAGCUGCGCUCAAAAGCUCACACUAAGUGGCUCGAAGGCAAACUGCAAGUGAUCGUCGCUACCACAGCGUUCGGGCUAGGCAUCGACAAGCCAGACGUGCGAUUUGUAAUCCACCACAGCAUCUCAAAAUCAAUUGAAAACUACUAUCAAGAGAGCGGACGCGCUGGACGAGACGGCCGUAAGGCCAAGUGCAUCUUGUACUACCGCUUCGCAGACUACUUCCGCCUGAGCACCUUGGUGUUCGCCCAGCAGACAGGGCUGCAGAAGCUGUCGCACAUGCUGGCUUACUGCACUGAGCCAAUCAAGUGCCGACGAGAGUUAGUUGCCGAACACUUCAGCGACACCUGGGGACAGGGAGACGAUUGCAAGUCUAUGUGCGACCACUGCCGCCGGCCCAGGUCGUCAGAGCAGGUGGACGUGACCAAGCACUGCAUCAGUGUCUACCGUUUGAUCAGAAACGCUCUUGAAAAUGAGACAAAACUUACUGCUAACAUGCUUUUUGAUUUGUGGUAUGGAAAAGGAAAACCUGCACUCCGAUUGAAAGACAUUCCUGCACCAACACACUCCAGAGAAUACAUGGAAAAUAUUGUUGCCCAUUUUAUUUCUGAAGGGUUCGUCAAAGAGGACUUUAACUUCACUGCUUACUCUACAACUAGCUAUCUCAAGAUCAACAGUGCUGGCCAGCAAAAACUGGAUGCUGGGUACCAGAUCAAGACUAUAGUUGCCGUCAAAGCCAAGCGACCUUCUUCUCCUGCUUGUGAAAUGAACGGAAAGAAAAUGAAGGCUUAA